CUUUCAUACCCACAAUUCCUUUUCAGUUUUUACCAUUACCCUUUUCAGGAUUUAUCAUCAAUGGCUAUUAAAAUUCGAGAAGUAUGGGCUCAUAAUCUCGACUCGGAAUUUGAACUCAUUUCUACUGUCAUUGAUAACUACCCUUACAUAUCUAUGGAUACUGAGUUUCCUGGUGUUGUUUUCAAGCCCAAGAUUUCUUACAAUCGCCGCCAAAAUUCCCCAUCGGAUCAGUAUAAGCUCUUGAAGUCUAACGUUGAUGUGUUGAAUCUCAUUCAGCUUGGUUUAACUUUAUCUGACGCUGACGGUAACCUCCCUGAUUUGGGAUCUGACGGCGGUUACAUAUGGCAGUUCAAUUUCUCCGAUUUCGAUGUGGCGCGUGAUCUCUACGCUCCGGACUCCAUCGAGCUACUCCGCCGACAGGGGAUCGACUUUGAAAUGAACCGGGAAUGCGGGAUCGACUCCGCCCGGUUUACUGAACUGAUGAUGUCGUCCGGUUUGGUGUGUAAUGAAUCGGUGAGUUGGGUUACGUUUCACAGCGCGUAUGAUUUUGGGUACCUUGUGAAGAUACUCACGCGCCGGGAACUUCCCGGUGGUUUAGAGGAGUUUAUGGAAGUUGUGAGGGUGUUUUUCGGAAAUAAAGUUUAUGAUAUGAAGCAUUUGAUGAGAUUCUGUAAUAGUCUUUAUGGUGGUUUAGACCGGCUUGCGAAGACUUUGUCUGUAGACCGGGCGGUCGGGAAAUGUCACCAGGCCGGUUCAGAUAGCUUGCUGACAUGGCAUGCGUUUCAGAAAAUGAGGGAUAUUUAUUUUGUGAAUGACGGGGCAGAAAGACAUGCUGGCGUCUUGUAUGGAUUAGAAGUUAAUUAAUUACUUUAUUAGGAGAACAGAAAAAUGAGUAAUUGUCUCAUUUUUUGUUAGUAAAUAAAAGCUAUUAAAUUUAUUCUUUUAUGCUGAAAAUAUUGUUUUUCGUGACUUUAAUUUUAAUAGCUAAUGGAAGUAGAAGUACACAUAAUAUUCAAACUAA